AUGAGCAGAGCCAGCAUCGAGCAGGCUCUAACCGGGCUGGUCCCAACACUCAACGGGCCGCUUCCUCUCGAACUGGUGGACAUUGCGCUGUCUCUUCUGGCCCGCUCGCGCAGCGUUGCCAAUUCGCUGAAGCCGGACGAGGAGAUUGCACGACCAUACGCAUGCGCGCAGUUGGCCUGUGAACGACUGAAGAGUCGCCUCAAUCUGCCCUCGGUAGCGUCCCGCCCACCAUGUCCGCCGCGGGUUUACAAAAAGCUGUACAGCUACCUCGCCAGCGCCCUGCCCGACUCGUCGACCCCUCGUGAGCCUCAAACACCGCGAAAAAACCUGCCAUCCGCGUCAGAUUCUGCAAAGAAUACACCCAAAACGCCUCUGAGCGCCAGGAAGACACCCCGGACCAUCCAGAAGACGGAUAGCGGCGCGGGAGAACCGCCAGCAUGGGUUAUGCCCUGCAUUCGGGUGCUCGUGAAGAAGUUCUCGUUUCCCCUUGCAGCCCCUCACGUAUAUACCGGCAUUGAAUCUGUUCUGCCACUGAUGGCGCGCAUGACCACGGCGGCUGCGGGAACGCCCAGCAAGCGCCCACGGCGAGCUGCGAGUGCAUCACAGGCACCAAUUGCAGCUGUCACGGAGACUAAGCUAUUUGCGCUAGUCGUUGUUGUAGUUCUGUACGUCCUGGCUAGAAUGACGACCCAGAACGUUACGCCGGAGCAGUACAACGAGCGCCGGAACACGGCCAUCAGCACUAUUUUGGAGCUACCCGAGGCAAAAGAUGUUGCAUACAAUAGCCUGUCGCCUGAGAUUGAUAUGCUGAUGACUGUGGCACAGCAGGAAGGCUGGCUGCAAAUGGAAUGGCUCUUGAACGUUUCGCCUCCAGGAGAUGCUGACGACAUGGAAGGCAUUGAGACGGUGAAUGCAAACACUUCGCGAUCAUCAACCGGCACAGUUUUGGGCCUUAAAAACAGUGGUAGUGAUUCCAUUGGCUUUGGGACCAUGUUACAAGAUUGCAAUGACUACUUGGGCGAGCGUCAGAUGCAAGAGUUCAAGACAUGGGAGGCUGACGUCAUGGCUCGUUACAACGCAAAGGAGGCAGCAGGGGAGUAG